UUUACAGACGGACGCCAGCUGCUUCCGUUUCCAUUGCCAUGGCGGCCAGGAUUGUGAAUUUGGCCUGCGCUGGACUGCGGAGAAACGUCCGAAAUUUAGCCUUUGGCUGGAGCACUCCAGUAUCACAAGCCAGGUUCGAGGGAUCCACUCCUGAGACUCGUCCUACUGUCCGGCCAAGGAAUGAACUACAGCACAACCAACUAUCCCAAUUUGGUGAAUAUGUCGCUGAAAUUCUUCCCAAAUAUAUCCAACAAGUGCAGGUGACCUGUUACAAUGAAUUGGAGCUUCUUAUCCAUCCAGAUGGCAUAAUACCUGUGCUGACAUUCCUGCGAGAUCAUACCAAUGCUCAAUUUAAGUCACUUGCUGAUGAAACAGCCGUGGAUGUCCCUACCCGUCCAUUUAGAUUUGAGAUUGUAUACAACCUGCUUUCUCUGCAGUUUAACUCUCGUAUUCGUGUGAAGACUUACACUGAUGAAUUGACGCCCCUGGAUUCCUUAGUACCUGUGUUCCAAGCUGCAAACUGGUAUGAGAGAGAGAUUUGGGAUAUGUAUGGUGUAUUCUUUGCUAACCACCCAGACCUAAGAAGAAUACUCACAGACUAUGGAUUUGAAGGCCAUCCUUUCCGCAAAGACUUCCCACUGUCUGGCUAUGUGGAGGUACGUUAUGAUGAUGAAGUGAAACGUGUGGUUGCUGAGCCUGUUGAAUUUGCCCAGGAAUUCCGAAAAUUUGACCUCAAUAGCCCGUGGGAAGUUUUCCCAGCACACCGUAAACCAGCUGAGCUACCAAAACUUGAUGCAGGAGAGACAAAACCUGAGACUAAGUGAACAGAGACAGCUACAUCUUUGGGAAAGCUCUGAGCAAUAUCACUUUUCAUGUGGACCUAAGUAGCUGUUUCCUGUAAUGCCUGAUGGUUUCUGUGAUAUUUAUGUAAAUAAAUUACAUGUACAAGUUA